ACGCGAAAGACAACAGCCUAAGCAUCUACACAGACGGCAGCGGCAUUGAAGGCGAGAUUGGCUCUGCAGCACUGUGUCCACUCACACAACAGGUACGAUCUGUGCACAUGGGGCCAGACACAGCGUCGACGGUAUACGCAGCAGAGCUACAAGGUAUCAGCUUAGCACUGCAGAUCGCUCAAGAGUAUGCAAGCCGAAACGGCGCGCGACGAGACAUCGCCAUAUACACAGACAACCAGGCCACCAUCUGGUCCAUAGCUAAGGCUGAGGGACGGUCAGGCGCCUACAUCCUCGCGGACAUCGCACGACAGGCCCAGGAGCUCCAGGACAAAGGACGGACAGUGACCGUCUGAUGGAUACCAGCCCACGUGGGCAUCCCAGGAAACAAGGCCGUCAACAAAGCAGCCAAGGAGGCCACUGGAUAGAGGGAACACGGGCGCAGAAGCCCACCAGCAGACGCG